UUGCACAUGGUGGGAUUCUAGCCCUGAACCACACUCCCAGCCUCAGUUGCUGCUUCUCUGUGAUGAUUGAAGAAUCAGAAAUUUGCUGUACUGGGUGCUAUCUUGUAUAGUCCUCUGGGAUCAUUUUAACUUUUGGAAUGAUCACAUCAUUUUAUCCUAAAAUCUUGAACUAUACUAGUAAAUGGGUCCAGUAAUUGGAAUGACUCCAGAUAAGAAAGCUGAGACCCCAGGAGCUGAGAAGGUUGCAGGACUAAGUCAGAUUUACAAAAUGGGAAGCCUGCCUGAAGUUGGAGAUGCUGCAAGGCCAAAGGCCACCCUAGUGGGCAGUGACUCAGCAGAUGACGAACUAACGAAUUUGAACUGGCUUCAUGAAAGCAGUAAUCUUCUGACAAACUUCAGGCUUGGAACUGAAGGUCUUCCCAUGGUUAGUCCAUUGUAUGACAUAGAGGGAGAUGACAUGCCGGCCUUUGGACCAUCCUACUGCCAGAACCCAGAACAGCAGUCAGCAACUUCAAAGCCCCCAUACUCCUUUAGUCUUCUCAUUUACAUGGCUAUUGAACACUCUCCAAAUAAAUGUUUGCCUGUCAAAGACAUUUAUAGCUGGAUCCUGGACCGCUUCCCAUACUUUGCCACUGCACCCACCGGCUGGAAGAAUUCUGUUCGGCAUAAUCUGUCCCUGAAUAAAUGUUUUCAGAAAGUAGAAAGGAGCCAUGGCAAGGUGAAUGGAAAAGGUUCCUUAUGGUGUGUUGAUCCAGAAUAUAAGCCCAACCUUAUGCAGGCCUUGAAGAAGCAACCUUUUUCCUCUCCACAAAGUGGCUCUUUAUCGCCUCACUACCUGAACUCUGUUCUCAAGCAAAGUCAAGUGCAAACUCUUAAAGAAUCUGAUAUUGAUGCUGCCACUGCAAUGAUACUUUUAAAUACUUCAAUAGAACAAGAGAUUUUAGAAUGUGAUAAGCCUCUGCCUCUUAAACCGUCACUGCAGAAGAAGAGGGGUUACGGCAUUGCGUUCAGUGCCCCCGGCGCUGUGCAGCUACAGGAGAGCCAUUCUCCAGCAGCCAGCAUCGACCCGAAAGCAGACCAUAAUUACAGCGCCAGUAGCAUGGCAGCUCAGCGCUGUGCAUCCAGGGCCAGUGUGUCUUCCCUGUCUUCUGUGGAUGAGGUGUAUGAAUUCAUCCCAAAGAGCAGCCACGUGGGAAGUGAUGGCAGCGAGGGUUUCCACAGUGAAGAAGACACAGAUGCCGAUGAGGAGGACGAUCCUCUUGGAGACAGUGGCUAUGCAACACAAGCUCACGAAGUCAACGCUCCAAAAGGACAGCCAGGCAAAAAAAUGCGAAAACAGUCCUGUCAAGAAAUUGAUGAGGAACUCAAAGAAGCAGCUGGGUCACUUCUCCACCUUGCUGGAAUCCGUACCUGCCUUGGUUCCCUUAUAAGUACUGCAAAGGCACAAAGUCACAAACACCGGAAAAAGUAGUACUUACUAGUGUGAAGUUACUUUAAAGUGUGGCAAUACUCUUCUACUUAACUCUUUACAAGGGAUGUCAGAGCCAUAGAGGACCUCUUUAGCUUGACAAAGAUGGGUGGGGGAGGAGUGCCACUUGUUUCCUCCUAAAUACUUUUUGGUUGCUUUUCUUUUCUGUUUUUUGUUUUGUUGAACAGUUGCUCUUAGGAUCAUGCCUAAUUGUAUAAAUCUGAUACAAAGGCCCCCAAAACAUAAUUUCUGUGAAUAAGCGUCUCUCAGAUUUGGAAAUUUUUGUCUAAGAAAAUUCUCGGCCUCUGUCUUAAACUUGUAGGAAAAAAAAAGAUCAAUCUCUUGUUAAUUGGUCAAAAAUAUAAAAAUUAGUAACUCAGUAUUUUCAUUUUUCUCCCCAUUCUGUAAUUACCUGUAGUUACUCAUGUAACUAAGCAUAUACUGGCAUCUUUCUCUGUCUUAAACUUGUAGGGGGAAAAAAAAAGAUCAAUCUCUUGUUAACUGGUCAAAAAUAGAAAAAUUGGUAACUCAGUAUUUUCCUUUUUUUUUCUCCCCAUGUAAUUACCUGUAGUUACUCAUGUGACUACACAUAAUGCUGGCAUCUUUCUCAUGUGCUCCUCUCCUGACACAAUCCAGAGGUGAAAUGCACAUCUUUUGUCUUAUUCUUGUUUUAAAUUAUUCUUCGUUGCAGCAUGAGCUUGGCCAAAUAUAAAUGGGAAAGCUGCCUAGAAGGUUCUCUGGUUUGUAGAGAAUACAGCUGUAAGGUUUGGGAAAGGCCAUUGGGGGUGGUGGUGUGUGGCUCAUCUCAAGACUCCAAUUCCUGUUGCAAUAGUAUCUUUGAAAUGUUUUUACCUCACAGUUAUUGCAUAGCAUCACUGGGGCCUUUACCCUUUUCCAUCGUACUUUGCAAAUGUUUAAGUUUUAGCAGCUAGCUGUCUUGGUUAAGUAAAGAUUCUCCAGCAAGAGGAUACAGCCAGAAAGAGCCUCUUGCAUUGGUUUUCUAAGCAUAGUGUAAUGAGAUGUUGUGAAGAUACAUUAUGACAUCAUAAGUAAAAGUAGGUCAUUGAGGACAAAACUUUCCAAGCUUUGUAUAAAUUAAAAUUAUAUGUGUAAUGAAUUAGAUUUAAAACAUUUGAUAGACAACUGUAGAGAUCAAUAUCUUCAGGGAUUUCAAACUAUGUAUAAAAAUUAGAUCUUACACAAAUCUUUUUGAGAGGCAUUGUAAUACCUAUAUGUGCCAUUAAUCCAUACUAAAAGAUUUUAUAUUACUAUUCCAAAAGUGCAUUGGCUAAGAUAUUUUAAGUAUUUAAACAAAACUGCUUAUAGGAGACAGUUUUCAUAUCACAGUUUGACUAUAGUGUUCAGAACAGAAAUACUAAUACUGUAACUCACAAAUAUAUUUUUUUACAGUGGUGCGAGAAACUUUGGGAAAGUUUAGUCUUAUUUCAUGAUACAACCUGUAUCCUAGGCAGUGACCUUUUUUGCAUUUUUCUAAUUUAUAUGCAUAUAUACACUUGCUGUAUGCACACAUACACAGGCUCAGGUCACUUUCUUGCUUUCAAAUGUUUUUAUGACUAUAAAGCAUUUUCUUGGGAUUUUUUUAAUGUUUACUUUUAAUUUUAUUUGGGCAAAACUGUCAAAUGAGAAGAAAAACUAAAGCAUGUUUCUUAAUUGACCACAGUUUAAGCUAUAGCAGCAUUGAUACACUCCUGUUUCCAUGUUAGUUGCAAUUAAAUCUGGUUAGCCGCAUUAAUGAAAUGGGUGCUAAUAAAAUAUUGACAUUUUUCUUUUAUUGAUAAUUCAGGAUGAGGAAUUUGAAAUUUUUCUAACUCAAAAUGUCAUCUCUCCAAGAAAACAGCCAAGUGAAGUUAGUCUCUUACUGCAGUGAAUAAGACACCAAAUAAAAGUAUGGUUUUACCAUGGUGUAUAUCAUAAAGAGAUUACAAAGCUCAGUUGAAUAGCACAGUAUUUUGAAGCUAAUCACCAUGGCCCUCUGGAUUGGCCUUGCACAGUAUCCAGGACCAGGUCAUUGCACCCUGCUCUGAAUUUCCUACCACAAGUGUUUCUCUAAGUUCCUGUCUAUUAGCUGUUCUGUAAGUAGAAGCAAUGAUCUGAAGUAGGAGGAAAGCGUUAUUCCUAGCUAUAAGAGAUCUCCUCAGAUGCCUAUUAGGCAGUAACUUAAAUUCUUUUUUUUCCCCCCUCUCUUCAGUGGACUAUUAUUUAAAGCUGUAGCCAUUAGCAAGGAUGAUACCUGGCCUGUGCACCUACAGCAGAGUUCCCCAGCAUUUUGCACUUAGUUCUUGUAUGGAUUUCGGUGCCUCGAUUUCCAUGUGCUCUUGUGUCUGGGCAUCUAUUUCAAGAGGAGAGCCUUCUUCAUUCUGGCCCCUUGUGAUGUCCUCGGGACCAUGCUCCUGCUUGAAAUGCUCAGAUGGGAGAUGUAGCUGGAAGCUUCCAGUUAAGGAAGUCCUUCUAAACCUCAUGGGCUGGAAAUUCCCAAUAAUUAACACACUUCGUGUAAUAAACAUGACCUAGAAACCCAGGGACAACAUACAUGUUUCAGCAUAUUAAACGUGUUUUAGCUAAGGUAUACUUCGUCUUACAUCAAAAUAAGAAUUUGGUUGCAACCUGUUCCAGUUUUAAUGGGUCCCCCCCAUAAAAGCUGUAUCUUGGCACUAUUAUCUUUAUUUUCCACAUCGCCGAGAGAAUCAGUGUUUCUUGAAUACAUCUUUGAAAUUUGUGCAAUAUAUUACUAAAUUAGUUGAUCUUUUGCUUUUUAAUUCAGAAAGAAAACAUUGCCUAGAUCAAUAGAAAAGCAAAGGGUAUGUCACUCCCUUCUCACCUAGUACCCUUGCCUGUUCUCUCUUAACCUUUGUAUAUUGUAAAGUUCAGCGCAUUUUUUUUUUUUCACUGUUUGCUGAGGCAUUUGUAAAGGGUUCAUACUAGAUAGUCAGUUAAACACACGUUACGCAGUUGAAAGCUAGAGCAAGUGUUAAGGGAAUGUUGUGUCUCUGCAGACUGAGAGGCCUUUCAGAACAACUUGGGCUGCAGGUGGGAGUGUUCCACAGAGCCUCAAGACUGUUAGCCAAAAUAGAAGACUACUUUAAUACCCUUUGAAAACGAGCAUUUUCUAAAGCAACUUCUGAGGCUUUCCAGUUUACAUGUAUGUCAUAGGUUUUUGGUUGUUUUUUUUUUCCCCCCCCUUUGAAAUGUAAGUUUACUCCAAUGUGUUAAUGAUGUAGUCAAAUAUUUAUUGAAAGGCAAAAUAGAGUAUUUUAAUGUUAUACCUGCCAUUUUUCAAGAACAUUCUUUGCAUCUAACUGCCAGUGCCAUUGUCAACCUUGUUUUCAAAAUUGUACUUUUUUAUUAAACAAAGUGCUUAAUUUUAAAAGUAUUAUGUGGCCAUCAUAUAGUGUAUAAAAUGUAUAAUUGCCAAUUCAUUGUAACUUAUUUAUUUUUAAACAAAAGUAUAAGAAUACUUUUUGAUUAAUUAAAGAAAUUUGUUAUUAAAUUGUUUCCUCUUUUCUAAUGUAGCAUAAAAACUUAUGAGUUUAACUGCCAAUAGAUGACCAGCCAUGAGUAAGUCACUUCUCAGUUGCCAGUCUUUGCUCUUAGUAAAACAACUUACAAAUGUUUAGUUUUUGUAUCUAAUCUGACUAUUAAAAUGUUUAUAAAGUUUAUUUUUACCAAAGAGAUGCAAUUCAUUAUGAUAAAGUUGCAAAGUAAACGUCAUUUUGUAACAUG